AUGUCGAACGCGGACUGGGGUACAGCCAAGAAGCCGAAUGAUCACUGUUGGCGGCUUAUUCGGGAACUGGAGAAGCGAGAGAAUGCAAAGGUCAUCUAUGGUCUCCGACCGGGUGAGGUGUGUACUAAAUCAUCUGGAGAGACUAAAAUCACUGUCUGUCAACGUAUGGCUAAAGCUUUGUGGCCCAACUGUACCGAUCUUGUCCGAGCUGGACAGCAGGUCAAGACGAAGUGCGAGAGCUUGGCAAAGGUUUAUAGAGAGAAGUCGAAGGGUAUUAAGGAAACUGGUGGAGGACUAGAAGGUCAUGAGCAGGGCACAGAGGUCUUGAUGGAGUUCUAUGUCCCUGCUCAUGGCCCUGAUCAUGACACCCCGGAGAAGUACACAGACCUGUGGAGUAUGUUUACCUGCUUAUUCUAUGCAUAUAUCACUUCUGAUUGCACACUUAACAGCUAA